UGAAACCAGCUGACAUUGUCUUUCUGUUGGAUUCCUCAGGAAGUGAAGGAGUGCGACAUUUUAGGGAACAACUUAACUUUGUCAAAAACUUCGUAAAAGAGUUUGACAUAGGACCCUCCAAUGUACAAAUCAGUGCAGUGUCUUUUGCAACAAGAAUACGUGAAAACUUCAACUUAAAGACAUACCAUACUAAGGCGGACAUUCUUAAUGCCAUCGAUAGAAUUCCAUAUAUGUCCGGUUCCACACACACUGCUGAAGCAAUCACCUACGCGAUUCAGCACAGCUUCACCCCUAUUGGUGGUGACAGGGCCCCCUGUUAGUGACGUCUUGUUCGUUGUGACUGACGGACAGUCCAUUUCACUUUCAGCAACAAGUCAGGCGGCCAACCUAGCCCAUAAAGCUGGUAUUAAAACAUUCGCAAUAGGAAUCGGAAACUUAAUAUCCAUACGGGAACUUUUAAAUAUAGCCUCAGAUUCAAAACACGUGUUUCAUGUUUCCACAUUCGAUGCCCUUCACCUACUUCAGAAUGAGCUAAGAAAUAAAACUUGCGAAGCAUUAUCCCAAAGUAGUUUGAAUUGCUCUAACCAGAUAUCGAACUGUCAAAGCUAUGGUCCUUCUGUUUGCAUUACGUACGCCCAGUGGGGACGAGAUAAAUGUCCGCUGUACUAUGAUUUCUAUUUGACAGAAAGAAGAUUGUCUUUUCAUGGAAAAUUUAAAAGCAGGUGA